GCAACGAGGUGCAACGAAAUCAUCUGUCUUUGUUUGCCUCCCAAUAUCACCAUACCAUGGUCGUCGCACCACCCGAGAGCGGCAUGACGGCGUCAACAUCGUCGGUAUCUAACAACUCGUCGUCGGCGCUAGCAGCAGCAAAUCUGCAGCCGAAGCGUGUCACCUACGUGCUUCCCCCGGCCUCAUCCUCUUCCACACCGCCGCCUCGUCUACAGUUACCGCCUCUGCCUGGCGCAGGACGUCAUCCAUCUAGAGCGAUCAAGGGUGGAUCGGCACCCAUCAUCCAACUUCAUCCCUCGCAGCCGCCACAAAGAGAUCCAUCUUCAUCGACGCAGCCCCGUCAUCCCCGCCAUGCACUCCCCGUCACCUGCCUCGCAAUCGAUCCAAGCACUUCCAUUCUUGAUGGCGGCAACAACGAUCCCACUCCCUCUGGACUGCUCUACACUGCAGGCAGAGACGGGCUGGUCGCUUCAUGGCAGCUGGGGAUGAAGAUGGAGAAGCGCAGACGGCAGACAACGAGCGUUGCCAGAAGGGGCAACUUCACUUCAAUGGCCGAAGAUGAUGAGGAUGAGUGGAUCUUUAGUGAGCGCGCAGGGGCCAGUGAUGCUCAGAGAGAGAGCGACGAAGACAAUAGCGCUGUGGACGAUGAAGAAGAGGCGGCCCGGACCUCAACACCCGACCACUGGCAGUCCUUGCCCUUCAAGGACAAGUGGCAGGUUGAUGAGGAGUGGGCAAAGCACAACGGCUCUGCCCCUCGGGCUCAAUUCAGGAGCUGUGUACAGGCGCAUACCGAUUGGAUCAACGAUAUGCUGCUUUGCAAUUCGAAUCAGACUGUCGUCACCGCCUCCUCGGACCGCUUCGUCCGACUCUGGAACCCGCACGACUCUGCCACCUGUCUCAGCCCCUCAGUUCUGGGCUCGCACAGCGACUACGUCAAGACGCUUGCAUGCCCUACUUUCGCGACUCCUCCCUGGCUCGUCUCGGGAGGGCUGGAUCAGCACGUCAAGCUCUGGGACCUCAACGAGAUGCGGCGAGAUCCCAUAUUGGACCUCCACGACCUCGCGAGCGUCUAUUGUGUGGACACUGACGCUCAUGGGGCGAUCAUCGCCGUAGGCACAUCGGAGCAUGGCAUCCGCCUGUACGAUCCACGAGCAGACACUGGGCCUUCGUCCAGCCCCGUAGGCCACCUGCUAGGCCACACGGACAUGAUCCGCUCUCUUCUCCUUUCCUCCUCUGGCCGUCAUCUCCUCUCGAGCAGCAGCGACGGAACAGUCAAAGUCUGGGAUGUAGGCGAGCAGCGUCUUGUUCACUCCUUCUCUCACCACUCGACGAGCGUGACUUCCCUCUACUCCAACUGUCCCGACCUCUCGGUCUUCUACUCGGCGGAUAGGGAUGGUGUCGUAUGCAAAGUGGACACGCAGGAUUGCGAGGAGAUGGAUGAGGGGGAGUGCAUUGUCCUCGCACAAACAGGCGGCCCCGUUGAUGGACUUGUGGCCGUGGAUGAUGGCUUCGUCUUUACUGCGGGGACUGGAGCUGACGUGCAGUGCUGGAAGGAUGUGCCGACAAGAAGAAGUAGGCAAGCUCUCUAUCCUAUUCGCGGGGAUGACUACCAGACCAGGGAGCCCAGCUUAUUCAGACGGGGAUCAGAGCCUGACUACGGCACCACUGCGACGCCGGCUCAGUAUGCUCCGCCUGCAGUGAAGGGCAGCUGGACGUCUUUUGGCGGUGAAGAUGCAAUUGGCAUCGCGGACAGUCCAACGCCCAGCGAGAUGGAGCGAUCUUCGCCUGUUCCACCUGCGAAUAAGCCACCCUUGCCCUCGGCGCUCAAGUCGGGGAGCAGUCUCGCUAUUCCUACGCAGGGCCAGACGCAAUCUUCUUCGUCAAUCCCUUCGCCCCCAUUGACUGGGCAUCACUCACACGUCUCCUUCUCCUUGGCUCGAGAAGAUGACAAAGAAGCCGGCAGCGGCGCAGCGCGCUCCUCGUCGCCUCAAGUCAAAAAUACCGCUGUGACCACGCACACAAGCAGUGCCCCUUCCCUUGUGCCCGGCGUCAAGCCCGAAGCCACCCUCUUUGGCAUCCCCUUCGACUCGCUCGUCUCGCUCAGCACAGGCGACGAUCCUUAUGGCAUGGGCACUGGCCUGGGGACAACUGGGAUGGGCACCACGGGCGGGCUCGGCAGCACAUUGGGACAUGGUCACCAUGCGGGGCAACAUCGUGCUUCUAGCUUCUCGAUGGGUCGCAACUCGCUCGCGCUUGACGGUGGAGCAGUCGCAGCUGUUGGAAGUUUGACGCUCGCCCGCCUGGCGCAGAUGCGUGCCCUGGCUGCGCAAGCGGCUCUAGCCCCAUCAGCGGGAGCAGCCCCGGUGGCUGGUCGUCGCUCCUUCUCUACCUCGUUGCGCUUCGCCUCUUCGCGUAUGAGCGUCGAUCGCCACGACUCAGGUCUGAGCGGUGCGGGUGGAGUCAAGCAAAUGGACGAUGGCGUGGAUGCUGAAAGCGAGAGCGACGCAGACGAGGCAGCUAUUGCUCGUCGAGCCUUCGAGGAGCGAGAGGUCGCCGUAAAAGCUACUCCGCUCCGCUCCAAACCCGUGGAUGUGAUUAGGGGCACGAGGGGAUUGACGAGAAGUAGCAUGCUCAAUGAUCGCCGGCAUGUCUUGACUUAUUCGCCAGGGAGGGCGCAUCACAACCACCAUCACCGCCAAGACGACGCUGCCAGCGACAAGGCCAUCGACGAAGAGGAGAGCGACAGCGACGAUGAUAGCACAGAGAUAGCCCUCUGGGAUCUGGUCCGCUGUACCUGCCUAGGCUACUACCGCGGCUCCGACCUGACGCCGCUCCUCACUCACCAGGACACGCCCGGGGAUGUACUCGAGAAAGUUAAGUCCCACAUCGAAGGCUUCGGCGCCAAUCAGGCGUGGUGCUCCGUUGAUACGAGGGCGGGAAGCCUUGCUGUGCACCUCGAUGUGGGGUCGUGCUUCGAUGCUGAGCUCUAUUUGGAUGAGUGUAGUGACUGGGUGGGCAGAGAGAGCUACUCAAGGGAUGACCAACGAGCAAAUUUGGGUCAGUGGGUGUUGAGGGGCCUCUUCGGCGGCUUUGUGGAGGGAGAGAAGCUCCUAAGAGGAGGGCAAGGAGGAGUCCUGGGCAAGGGGGAGCUGGCGCUAGAGAGGCGGGAGGAAGUGGUGCGAAGGUUAGCUCAAGAAGAGCAGGCGCCACUGUUGCCAACCUCUAGCUCCUCCACGGCUCGGACGCAUCAACGACCUCACUUACAAAUGCAGAACCUCCCUCACGACGGAAGCAUGAUUGGAGGCAUGCACACGCCAGGCAACACCAUCGGCCUGGCUUUGGCGCCACAGACGCCAGCAGUGGGCCCCGCGGGCGCAUCACCUCUCAGCCCCAGUCUCGCCAACACCUACCCUGCAAUGGCCAGCUUGACCGAGAGUGUCGUACCCGCAGCUACGUCGACCUCGUCAGCCGGACCAGCAAGCUCCGCUGUGCCUGCAGAUUACUUUUCCCUCGACUCUGCACCGCAACGGCCCGGCGCAGGUGGAAGUGCGGGCAUGCCUUCUCUGCCGUCAUCCCCUGCGCUGGGUAGCGCUUCCGUCGAUACGCCUGGUGCAGAUGGUACAACCGGUGGCAAGGGUCUUAUGGGUCGCCUUGGGGCUAAGCUGCGCGUUGGCAAGGACAAGAAUGGAGGAAGCGGCGGUGGAACCGCUACGCCGACGAAAGAGAGGGGGGCCGCAGCAGGGCAAACCGCUUCUGGCACAGCGACACCGUCUACUUCAGCGGCCAAUGCGACUACCGCGGCUGCGUCGCGCAAAGACCUCCCCACCGUUGCACUCGCGCGUCAGAUCCUUGCUCAAGUCCCCACCAGCAGCAGCACCUCAACAACAGACAAUACCGCCCCCACCAACCUCGGCUCAGCAGACAUCCUCCCACCGCUUUCCCUCCCGCCCAACACGAGCAUAUCGAUCUCAAUCGCAUCAGCAGACGCGGCUCAAUGGGAGACGAUCUAUCGCGGUCUUGUUGCCUCCGCUCGCGACGACGUGGGAGCACUGGAGCUGGCGCUGCCAGGUUGGUUGUUGGAGUUCCUCCUUCUCGGAGAGAAAAAGGAGAAGGACACUUCCACCGCGACUGCGACUGCAGGGACCGCAGCGAGCAAAGCGCCUGGAGCGGGCAAGAUGAGCUUCAUCCUCGCCCCAUCGGACGAUUCUGUCCCAUGCUUACCAUCAGGCGAGGCAAAGCUUACCGCGACGCGCAUGCUGAGGCUAAGCAAGGCGAGCCUGUACGUCUGCGAGAAGCUGGGAUACGUGGUGCGCGACCCUGCUGCUAGCACGCUGGCUAAUGGCGGGUCGAGUAGCGCGGCAAGCAUUGUCGGCGGGUCUCGUCGGCCUUCUGUUACCAAUCUGGCAGCAGCUGCUGGCAUGACCCCUGCUACGCCUGCCGCCAGUGGUGGCAGUGAUGCCUCGCCGCUUCGGCCACAGGAUCUCGAGCUCAGCUGUAAUGGGACUGUGCUCGAUGGUGAUAUUACCUUGCUGCAGGUGCAGCGCUUCUUUUGGCGUCAAGGAGGUGAUGUCAGGAUUGAGUAUCGGAGGAAGUGGCAAGUGCAGGAGUAGGGGGAGAGACUAGACGUUGGAGGAGGGAUCUUCUGUACAUG